AUGCCCUUCGCAUUCGCUGAUGACCUGGCACUUACCGUAUGUAGGUCACGAUCCAUGCAGCGGAUUAUCAACACACUUGACCAACAUCUCCAAAGUAUCCACCUGACACUGAAGCCGAAAAAAUGUAAAACCCUCAGCAUCUGCAGUGGGUACGCCAAGGACAUGUCUUUCUCAAUCGGGAACCAUCCUAUGGAUAAUAUAAUCACAUCCCCCUUCAAGUUCCUGGGCGGCUACAUUUCUGCUAGCGGGUCGUCAGGUCCUGUCUCGGACAUCCUGAAGGAGACAAUUAUCGGGUCCAACACACAACAUGGGAUCAUCAUGAACGUGGAUGCCAGCCCUGUACGUGGGGAGUACAAGUGUGAAAUGUACAGGGUGUACAUCCAAGGUGCCAUCAGGUACCUCUUGACUGUUCACGAUGUGUCCAGAACCCAACUGCAUGAAAUCAGCCAUAGUGUCACGCAGUACCUUAAGAAGUGGGCCAACAUGAAGAAGUCUUCUGACCCGGGCAUAAUAUACCAUAGUCAAGGGCUAGGGCUCUCAUCGGUCCAACAACUAUACAUGCAACAACACGCCAACGUAAUGGCCACUGUUCUAACGUCAGGUGAUGACAGCGUCAGAAAUGCCCUCGACGCGAAGGUCGAAAGGGAAUCGGCAUUCACGCGAAAGUCCACAGGAACGAUGGAAUGCUUUACCAUCGCCGAACAAAGCCUAACAACAUUGCGUGAUGAUGACACUCACGAUCAAGCAAACUCCCAACAAACAAAGAAGAAAUUGUGCCAGGCAAUCAAAGCCCGCUUACAAAAGGACAACGACAGUAAGAUUGAGGAACACAGUAGUACUCUCAAAGUACAAGGAAGAUGGACGGAACUAGUUGAGAUAGAACAAACUGACAUCAGAUGGAGAAGCUCUCUGUACAAUGCCCCGAGGGGAGUGUUCGAGUUCGCGCUGAACGGGAUGACGAACUGGUUACCAACACGGGACAACUUAGUCCGCUGGGGAAAGCUGCUCUCAACAAAGUGCCCAUUAUGUCAAGGCCAUCAGACCCUUCGCCAUGUUCUCAAUGCCUGUCCUGUGGCACUGACAGCCAGAUACACAUGGCGACACAACAGUGUGCUUAAGGAACUGGUUACGACACUACAAGGAUGGUACUCCCUGUCUGAACCGCCGGUUACCAUACGAAUUGUUAUUAUUCUGAGUAAGGGGUCGGCCUAG